CUAGUUGAAAGCUUCUCCUUCCUUCCACUUUGGUAAGGUAAUCGCUGAAGAAGCAACCUGGUGGUCUGGUGGAGAAUGGUCACUUCUUGCUCUCCUCUAAGAGUUUACAGCGUCAUCAAAUCCUACGUCAAAUUGAAGCCGAUCAGUAGCUUACAGGGUCGGAGCUUUUCUUGCUACUCGAGCUUUAAAAGUGAAAUGACUGGGGGGAAGGAUAAGUUAGCUGCCAUGGAAAGAAACAAAAAGCAAAAAUCAAAUAUGUUUGUGUGGAGACCAGUCUCUACUAUUGCCCACUCUAAUGAAGAAUCCUUGAUAAGAGAUGUGAAUCUUCAGCAACGAGAUGGAGAUAGAAAUGAAGAACUGCCAUGCAGCGCUUCUAGCACUAUGUCAAAUAGUCAACAGAGUGUAACUGGACCUGGAGUUGUAAUUGAAGCAGCACAUUCUACUAUCACUUCUUCAUUAGAUGAAAAUGUUGAAGCAGGAGCUUUGGAAGUAUUGUCUGCUGGAAAGCAUUCAGUUUCAAUUGAGGUCGGUGCUUCUCUAAUUCGAUUUAUUAGAGGAAAAGGAGGAAAAACAAAGGAAAAAAUUGAAGAGGAGAUGGGGGUUAAGAUAAUAUUUCCAGCAUCAAAGGAUGAUGAACUUGUUGUUAUCGAAGGUCCUUCAGUUGAUUGUGUAACUAGUGCUUCAGACAAAGUUCAGGGAAUACUUGAUGAGACCAAGUGUAUGCUCAUUCUCUUAAAUCCUCCUUUUUCAUGGUUUAAACAGGCCAUUAGAAGUCACAAUCUUGAUUACUCUCACUUCGUAUCUCUUCCAUUGGCUAUACACCCCGAAUUGGUCGAUAAGCUAGUCAAAUUCCAGAACUCUGUUAUGGGAAAUGAUGAAUUCCUCAAUGAGAAUUUGGAAAAUGAUUCUACUGAAGGUUCCUCAGACAAUGAAGUCAAGGAUCAAGAAACCAACAAAAGACAAGAUGUUGCAGUUGGACUUAAAGUUGGGGAAGGAAACAAUGUUAGAAUCGAUCUGACGAGCAUACCUCUUGUUAGCUACAAGCCUAAACCAUCACAACAGAGAGCAUCAACGUCUGCUUCAUCUGGAAUAGACAAAUCCAUAUUCAUCAAACCUCAGACAUUCCACUUGACUGUACUCAUGCUGAAGUUGUGGAAUAAGGAGCGAGUCAAUGCAGCUUCAGAGACUUUGAAGAAUCUCUCUUCAAAAGUGUUGGAGGCCAUGGAUAAUCGACCUGUCUCUAUCAAACUUAAGGGAUUGGAGUGCAUGAGGGGCUCCUUGGCGAAAGCUCGUGUACUUUAUGCCACCAUUGAAGAAUGUGACACUGAAGGCCGACUUGUACGUGCUUGUGAAGUUAUUCGCAAAGAGUUUGCUAAGGCUGGACUAGUUCUGGAGAAAGAUGCUAAAGAACAGUUAAAGCUGCAUGCCACAGUGAUGAAUGCGAGGCUUAGGAAAGGGAAGGGGAAGAUGAAAACGUUUGAUGCACGAGGCACUGUUGAGCAAUUCGGAGACGAGGACUGGGGCGAAUAUCUCAUAAGUGAAGCUCAUCUCUCGCAGAGGUUUGCAUAUGAUUCUAACGGGUACUACCACUGCUGUGCGUCGAUACCGUUUCCUGAAACUGAAAGUAAGCAGGCUGUAGUUUCUGAUUGAUCUCUAUAUGAAAGGAUUAGAAAGUUACACAACAGUCAUAGAGCAUAUUAGUACUUUGAGCAAUGUUUCUUUUAUGUUGUCCUGUUGAAAUUGUGUCAAUGGUGCCAUGUUCUUAUUGUACUACCGUUGCUGUGCUUAUGAAGUGAAGUUGAAAGAAGAGGGUGCAUGAGAGAGCUCCGGCAAAUUAGGUUAGUUUAGUUGAAAGUGUAUUAUGGAGUGGUAGCAACUAGCAAAAGGAUUAAAUUAGGGUUUGUUCCCACUAAUGUUGGGCGGUUGGGUUGGACCAUUUUAGUUGUUUAUUAUGUGAGGUGAUGAGGUGCGAAUUAUGGUUUAAUGGUUGUUUGAGAUCCAAUUCAUUGAACAUCGUUUCAAUUAAUUUCAUGUGAGGGUUUAGCUGUCAUGUCUCCUACUCCACAGAACACCAUGAUUACGUUAAUUAUGAUUAUUGUUAAUUAUAUAG